AGUCCUGCUGAAGUUCACAAUCUCCCAGCCCGAGAGGCUCAUGAAAGAUAAACCGACAAGAAAAUCCAGUUCUGUCAGCACUCAAAUUCUGUCCAAGGGUCAUGAGGACUCGAAACGUCAACUCUUUUCUUCUCCGCCGAUGCUGCCAGACCUGCUGAGUUUUUCCAGGUAAUUCUGUUUUUGUUAAGAAAAUCCAGUUCGGGUUUUCUCUACUCUAUUAACCAAAGGUGAAACAUAGGUGCACAUUCUCUCCUCUUCCUGCUUCACUUCCUGUAGGGACUGAAAACCAAGUGAGGAGAUGGAACUGUAAUAUCAGGCAUUCUGCUGAGAGGGUUGGUAUCAUGAGUAUAAGAAAUUGGAAGAGAAGGAGUCUAUUCAGUCCCUCAAAGCUACCCCACCAUUCAACACGAUUAUGGGGCUGAUCUCCUGCAUCAAAUCCACUUUCCAGGCUGCUCCCCAUAUCCCUUGAUUCCCUGAGAGACCAAAAGGAUCUGUCCCGGAGUUGAAUAUAUUCAAUGACUGACACUCCACAACCGUCUGGGAUAUAGAAUCCCAAAGAUUCCCAACUAUCUGAGGGACGUCAUUUCUUCACAUGGAAGGAGCUCAUUAGUUUGUGCUGAGACUCAGCGUUCCUGAAGGCAUGGACUGGACAUUAACCUUGUGGAACAUUCCAUUACUUCGGGAAGCUCUUUAAUCCUGACAGUUCCCAGCAAGGGCGCGCUGAGAAGGAUUGCAUCGUACCAAGACAGAGAGGAUAGACACUGCAGAUAGAUCCUGACCGUCACCCAAGGAACAACUGCACAACUGUGGGAAGACAUCCAGUCCUUUCAUAGCAUUGCUCAACACAGAGAAGGUUGGGCAGUGAAACCAUCACCUGGAAAUCGGUCGGGUCAGGGGAGCUUUGACAUACCAUCAGAUCUGAAACUGGUCAGUGGUGCCGAGUCUUCCAUCAGAACCAACCUUUCUGAAGGUUCGGCUGUGGGCGAUCGGUCAGGGUGAGGCUGGGAAGAAGUGUGAGUGGCUCCAAGUGUGGCGAGAGCUUCAAUCAUUCAUCGAGCCUCAUGAACCACUGACUCAUUCCUACAGGUGAGAGGCUGCUCGACUGUGAGGUGUAUGCAGAGGGCUCCACAGACUCACACGAUCUGCUGAUAGCAAGGUAGAACUGUUCUGACCACUGUGAACACAAGGGGAGCUAUAUGGAACAGAAACCAUACAAGUGUGUAGUUUGAGAUAAAGCUUUUUUGGUGCCUUCGAACUCCCUGCGACAUCAGAAGAAUCCCACCAGGGACAAACCCUUCAGGUGUGAUAUUUGUGAGAUGGCUUUUACACAGUCGUCUGAUCUCCUAAGGCACCAGAGUAUUCACACAGAGGAGAAACCAUCUACAUGCGAAGUGUAUGACAAACCAUUCUCAGGGUCAUCGUCCCUCCACGUACAUCAACAGAUUCAGACCAGGGAGAAACAAUUCAUGUGUGAGGUGUGCAACAAAUCAUUUUUUGAGCCAUCGACUCUCCGCAAGCAUCAACGCAUUCACACUGGAGAGAAGCCAUUUACAUGCGAGUUGUGCAACAAAUCAUUCUCACAGGCAUGGACCCUCCGUCUACACCAACAUAUUCACACUGGAGAGAAACCAUUCACGUGCGAGGUGUGCAACAAGUCAUUUUCGCAGUCAUCGACCCUCCGUGUUCACCAACACGUUCACACAGGGGAGAAACCAUUUCCAUGCAGAUUAUGCAACAAGUCAUUCCCAAGUUCAUCGCAAUUUCUCAUGCACCAGAACAUACACACUGGGGAGAGACCAUUCACGUGUGACGUGUGCAACAAAGCAUUCUUGAACUCAUCAACACUCUAUCACCAUCAACGCAUUCACACAGGGGAAAAACCAUUCACAUGUGAGGUGUGCAACAAAUCAUUCUCCAAAUCGUCGAACCUCCUCACACACCAACGCAUUCACACAGGGGAGAAACCAUUCACAUGCGAGUUAUGCAACACAUCAUUCUCACACUUGACGAGCCUCCGCAUUCACCAACACGUUCACACUGGGGAGAGACCAUUCACAUGUGAUGUGUGCAACAAAUCAUUCUUGAACUCAUCUUCCCUCCAACAACACCAACGUAUUCAUACAGGGGAGAAACCAUUCACGUGUGAGGUGUGCGACAAGUCAUUCUCACGGUUAGCGAGCCUCCGUGUACACCAACGCAGUCACACAGGGGAGAAACCAUUCACGUGUGAGGUGUGCAACAAGUCAUUCUCGCAGUUAGCGAACCUCCGCAAACAUCAACGCAGUCAUACAGGGGAGAAACCAUUCACAUGCGAGGUGUGCGACAAGUCAUUCUCGCAGUUAGUGCACCUCCGCAUACACCAACGCAUUCACACAGGGGAGAAACCAUUCACAUGCGAGGUGUGCAACAAGUCAUUCUCGCAGUUAGCGAGCCUCCGCAUCCACCAACGCAUUCACACAGGGGAGAAACCAUUCACAUGUGAGGUGUGCGACAAGUCAUUCUCACAGUUAGCGAGCCUCUGCAUGCACCAACGCAUUCACACAGGGGAGAAACCAUUCACGUGUGAGGUGUGCGACAAGUCAUUCUCGAAUUCAUUGCAAUUCCUCAUGCACCAACACAAACAUACUGGGGAGAAACCAUUCAUAUGUGAGGUGUGCAACAAAUCAUUCUUAAACUCAUCAUCCCUCCACACACACCAACGCAUUCACACAGGGGAGAAACCAUUCACAUGCAAGGUGUGUGACAAAUCAUUCUCGCAGUUAGCAACACUCCACAUACACCAACGCAUUCACACAGGGGAGAAACCAUUCACAUGCAAGGUGUGCGACAAAUCUUUUACGCAGUCAUCAAACCUCCGUGCUCACCAACGCAUUCACACAGGGGAGAAGCCGUUUGUAUGCAAGGUGUGUGACAAAUCAUUCUCGCAGUUGGCGACCCUCCGCAACCACCAACGCAUUCACACAGGAGAAACCAUUCGCAUGUGAGGUGUGCGAAAAUCAUUCUUGCAGUUAACGAGCCUCUUGGUCCAUCGGAGGAUUGACACAGGAGAAAACCUUUAGCUGUGAGGUGCGUGACAAGGCUUUCACACAGUCAUCUUCUGGUCCAUCAAUGCACGCACACAGGGGAGAAACCCUAUCAGUGUGAAUUGUUAAGCCUGCACACCUCCUGGAACAUCAGCAAAUCCACGUGGGAUUCACCUUCCGAGACACCAGAGGAUCCACAUGGGAGAAACUCUUCAGGUGUGAGGUGUGUGACCGAGCCUUCACACAGUCAGCAAACCUCCACAUACACCAGCCUGUUCGUAUAAAGGAGUAACCCACCAAUUGUGAAUUGUGUGGUAAAGCUUUCUUGAUAACUUUGACCCUUCCUGGACGCCAGCAGAAACUCUUCAGGUGCAAUGUUUGUGCCCAAUCCUCCGAUCUCCUGAAGCACCAGUGGAUCCACACUGGUGAGAACCCAUUCAGGUGUGAGGUGUGUGAUAAGUGUCAUGAAAAUAUAAUAAUUUCCAUUAUAUUAUUGUGAUUUAUUGUAAAGGUAGGUUAAUAGUGGGGUUUGGAGUAGUUUGUGUGGAUUUGUGUAUUGGGGAGGAAUUUAAUUGAAUUAGCUGCAGCUGGUCUCAGCUUUAGGCUUAUCAAAAGGGAAGCUGGGUUUGAAAUGCUAAAUACGUAAAAUGGUUGAAGUUUUAGAAUGUGAGGUGUGAGGAACAUUUGCAUUUUUAGAUAAAUUAGGUUAGCUUGAAUUUCAAAGAAAUGGUGAGAUAUUACACCUAGCCGUAAGAAGCUAAGCCAGUGUGUUUAUUUUUCCCAAAGGUUACUGAUAAUAUGAGUAAUAUGCAAGAUUUAUAUUAUGAGAAAAAUAAAGUUGCAAAAACAU